CCUUAUGGGAAGCGCGCAGGUUGUUCCGAGGUGCUGGGCUUCGGCUGGUCCUUUUCUGGAGCUGGUGCUUCGAGGGACCCACAAAAUGUGACUCACCGCCUUGCUGGUCUCGCUGGCGGCGCACGGAUUGUGACUCUUUCUCUGGGUUUUGCCUGUUGGCUGCACGAGCGACCCUUUCUGCAGACGGGGCAUGUUUGGAGACCUUUUCUGGGGGUGAGGGGGACAAAUGAGGAGCCAUGCCACACAAUAUCAUAGUACAAACCCCAAGACUUUCUGUUUGUGUCCAGUUAACAGAACACAAGAACAAAAGGCCAAGUUUCUGCCCAAGCCAGCAAGUACCUGUGAGUCACCAUGGCAACCAAGCAGCCUCCACCUUUGAUGAAGAAGCACAGCCAAACAGACCUUGUGAGCCGUCUGAAGACAAGGAAGAUCUUAGGUGUUGGUGGGGAGGAUGACGAUGGCGAAGUUCAUAGGUCAAAGAUCAGUCAAGUCUUGGGCAAUGAAAUAAAGUUUGCAGUGAGGGAACCUUUGGGGCUCAGGGUUUGGCAGUUUGUCUCAGCCAUCAUAUUCUCUGGGGUUGCCAUCAUGGCUCUCACCUUUCCAGAUCAGAUCUAUGAUGCUGUCUUCAAGGAAGAGGUAGUCAAUAGUAAAAUGCCUAUCCGUCUCUAUGGAGGAGCUUUACUUAGCAUCUCACUCAUCAUGUGGAAUGCCCUCUACACAGCUGAGAAGGUCAUAAUCCGUUGGACCCUACUGACCGAAGCUUGUUACUUUGGAGUACAGUUUCUGGUGACUGCAAUCACCUUGGUUGAGAGUGGCCAAGUGUCCAUGGGAGCUGCAUUUCUUCUCACCAGCCGGGCCCUCUUUGUACUUAUCAGCAUUUAUUACUACUAUCAAGUUGGACGCAGACCCAAGAAAGUCUAAUUGCCAGAACUUUGGGGGCAGGGGGACUUGGACUGGAGGUUCUUUUCUAUUUUUUCUUUUUUCAUUUCCUCAUUCCUUUUUGCUCACAUUAGUGCAUCGUCUUUAAAAGCAGGAGUCAUCAUGGCAUGCAUCAGUGUAUCGGUCCAGUGCUGGUCUCCCUGCCAUAGCAGACAAGAAAAAAGAAAGAUCAGAGCCAAGCUCCUUCCUUCCUGGCUGAUGUCUGUUUGGAAAGCACAGAGAUAAUGAGCCCUGCUCAGAGUAUGGGGGAGGGUGAUUCCCAGUUGUUAGCCAACUUACUCUCUAAAGCUAGACGGUGGCCCAGGGUUUCCCGUUCUGCUGUUCUCCAGACCCACUGGACUGAACAUCUGCAGCAACAGCCAGUGCAGGCUGGGGAUGAUGGGAGUUAUUAGGAGGACCCUAGACUUGGAAAGCAGCUGUUCAAGGUUUACAUACACAGACACAGCAAUGAGGUAUUACAUUAAAAUUGCAGUGGACAUCUUAGGUACAUUCCUCCUUUCCAUUGGGGCUCUUGCCAAGGCUGCCUGCUAAAAUCUUACAGCCAGGACUGAAACAACGUCUUGUCUUAUGGGGGAAUCCCAAGGCCACAUUAUACACAAUUUUUAGAAAGUUGUAUAUCGACAGCUUUUAGUGUAUCUCUCAGAGGUUGGUAUCAUGACCAUACAUCUGAACCCUUGAGCAGAAACUGUAUUAAUUUAAAAAGAGAUUCUGGCUCCUUUGAAGGAAGCCUCCAUCUGCUACUGCUGCUAAAUGUGCCUUUUUAUUUUUGGUCAUCUUUUCUCCCUGCCUUCUCACCUGCUGGCCACUUAGUACUGUUCUUGGGGUAAGUUGGGUGGUUUGGUUUGGUUUUUAAAGUACUAGUUACUGAAAUACUCUCAGAUGAUUCCAGGAAGGGGAACAGUGGAAGAGGAAACCUGAAAUCAUGAUUUCACAGGCUUUUUUUAAAAUACAAAAAUAAAAACACAGGGAAAUGCAUUAUAUUUACCAGUUUUUACAAAUUAUUGUCAAGUGUUAGUCCUCUUAGAGUGCAAAUGAAUACCUCUGCACAAGAGCUUGGUUAUAAAUAAGUACCUAAAAUGGCAUAGUAAAUAUUGAUCAUGUCUAGGUUAGUUUGUAUUGUAUCUGCUGGAAUGAUUUGUGAACGUAGAAACUUCUGAUUUUGGUGGUCUUUUCAUCCUCCUUGAAAUGGAAAGAUCAGUUAAAUUAGUGUGUAUGUGCAUGUGUGUGUCUAGGAGCACUGAGGGGGAAUUUACAACUGAUUUGGUCAUUUCCCAUGUUUGGCUGUUAGCUCCAAAACUGGAUUGCACCCUAUUACCUGAACUAAACCACUCAGUUUACUGACUGCAAACUGUGACCCUGCAAGGAUGCCCCCAAAGUGGUUUGCAUAUGGGUUGCCCCCUCUGCUGACUGCAAGAGGCUUUUAACCUAGAACAGAUUAAUUUCUUCUGGGGUAGGGAUGAGCCCAAUCAAGGUUCUCUGUGAUACUUCCUAUAUUGACUAUAUAAUGUUUGCCAGUUGCAAAUGGCAGUCCUAGCAUUUCCAUUUAAUCAUUCUGUUAUUUAACCAAAAGAGAUUAAUAUAAGAUGACUAUAAGCAGACUCAAACCCAAAGUUCUUAAUGAUAUGAAAAAAGGGCAACCAUAGUUUAAAGUAAGAGAAAUCAUGCUCCAGGUAUACCCAUGAGUCUACCCAAACUGUAAUUCAUUGUUUGAUUGGGCAAAUAAAGCAAAUUUGCUUUUUUCCUGCCCUCUUGCUUCCAUCAAAACCUUGGGAAAAUCUGCAGAUAAUUCUAAAUAAAAUCAGGAAUUGUUUGCUAUUUCCAUACAAACCACAAAAUUAUCCAUCACUUCAGGAUGAAAUCUAGCAGUUUAUCUUUUAGUUUUCAAUCACUUCAGUAAUGAGUUUCAUCCUUUUUCCCCCUUUCCUUAAUGUUCCUUAUGGUGGUUUUUGUGUUUUGCCUUUUAUUGAAUUUACACCCAAGUAACUGUCUUCUUGAAAUGGAUUGCAAGAAUUAUAUUAAGAUGUAUCUGCUAAGAUGGACCAAAUAUUUUGGACUGGGUACAGUGACUCUAGGAAAAGGGCAUAUUGUUUGUAUUGUGGAAACAUCUGAUCGCAUCCAUAAAACUAUGGAUAACAUUGAA